CAUCGUUUGCGUUCAUCUCAGAGAAAGCAGACAUAGAUCCGCACACCUUUUCUAUCGAGCCGGCCAUCUCUGUUAAACAAGAUGACUGGUAGUUUACCUUCAUGAAUGCUUCAUGAAUGACUUACAUUAUUAUCCUUUCCUUUACAAUACCGGUCUUCUUGCAUCUCGAUUUCCUUUCUUCUAUCAACCCUCCUUCCUUCCCCCUUACCUCCCAUUAUCAAGCAUGCCCUCUUCAUCCCCCCCCGCUACACAGGACAGACGGAACCGUGACCGCGUACGGGACAACCAACGGCGGUCCCGCGCAAGGAAGAGAGAGUAUAUCCAGGAGCUCGAGCAGCGCCUGAGGCUGGCCGAGCAGCGCGGCGUCCAGGCCUCACUCGAGCUGCAGGCCGCCGCACGCCAGGUCGCCGAGGAGAACAAGAAGCUGCGCCUCCUGCUGCGGCUCCACGGCGUCAGCGACCGGAGCAUCGACGCCUACCUGGCCGGGGAGAGCAGGAUCGGGGAGCGAGGAGGACGACACGGCCGUGGACCACCGGCACCACCGGCACCACCAGCACCGGCGCCAAAGCCAGCAGCAGCCCAGAGGCUGGAGCGGCUCCUCCGCCCAGAGACGUGUCCUGUGACCCUCGCGGCUGCAUCUACACCGAGCUCCGACCAGGGCGACAAGAACAACUGCGCGAUGGCGGCCGACCUGAUAUCAACCAUGACGGGCGUCAACCCCCACGAGGUGCGUGCGUCGCUAGGCUGCGUUCCGGCAGCGGACUGCCACGUCGACGACGCCAGGAUCGGCAGCGCCAUCGAGCGCUUCACCGAGUCGGGAGCGGUGACCUGACCUGACAUCCUGAUGAUCACAUCGAACAGCUAAAAAGCUUCCUUUAGACAGGAUGAAAGCGUUUGGUCGCCAAGACGGGGGGGCAGGGGCGGGGUAUAAAUGUAUGUAUGUACAUACAGUACUUGCUACCUCUGUUAUCAAGAUACAGUAAGAGAGGUAGAACAAAUAAUC